CAAGAGGAGAACAUCACACGAGAGCCUCCUUGGAGCCCCGAACAUUCGUAACGAGAAAAGAGUCCGGUACCUUCCGCCACCAUCUCCUCUUCCAUAGCUUCUCCCGGAAACUGACCGGUGCUCCCCUGCUGAGGGUCCAAGACGAAGAGGGGUCCCAGGGCCAGAGCGACCUCAGGAGCGGCUGCCUCCACUGUGGACGUAAGAAGCAUGGAAGUCUCCGAGCCCCCCACGACGCCCAAGACCUACGAGAACUUCCAGUCUGCAGAUGUGGAGAAGGAAUACGAAGCACACUUUGAAAAAGACUUCCCGUUGUCGAAGUCGUUCCCCCAGCGCCUCUGUCCCACCAGCCGGCUCAUUCUGGGGUUGAUGGUCUUCUGUGCCGUUCUGAUCCUCUCGGUCAGCAUCCUGGGCAUUCAAGGCAUCCGGUUCAGCAAAAGUCUCCAGGGGACCCAGAAGGGCGUGCAGAAUAUUACCCAGACGAUCCAACAGGGGGUCACCAACCUCAAGGCCAAAAGGAGCAGCACCCGGUUGAGUCUGGCUGAGCUGGAGAAAACUUUGCAACAGGAGAACGAUACGCUGUUGAAAGUGAUGAAACUGUAUCAGAUGCAGCUGGAGACCCUAGAACUUAAUUCCAGAGCUUUGCGUUGUGAAAUUGUCGAAAUGAAGAGCAACGGGAGCAAAAGUGGCUGCUGCCCCCGAGGCUGGCUGACCUUUCGCUCCAGCUGCUACUGGACCACGCGGUCCAGAAAAACCUGGCAGGGGGCCAAAAAAGACUGCGAAGAUAAGAAAGCUCACCUGGUCAUCUUCAACUCCGCCGAUGAGAAAGCCUUUGUGACGACCCACAAACAGGGAAGUAACACCUGGAUUGGCUUGACCGACUCCAGCGGGGAUUGGAAGUGGGUGGACGGAUCGGCCUACACCGUGGACCCAGAGGACUGGGCUGAAGGCCAGCCAGACCACUGGUACGGCCAUGGCGCUGGGGGCGGGGAGGACUGCGCCCACAUGAGGGAGGACAGCCUUUGGAACGACAACAUCUGUUCCCGCAUGUUCACCUGGGUGUGCGAGAUGCAGCUGGGCAUCUGAACAACCCCACAGCCAGGCCCAGAUCCCUUGGCCGGCUGACCUCUCGGUGCGAAUGUGUUUACAUGGGUGGGACAGGCUGACCAUCGGUGGGCUGAGAGCGACACGCGUCCUGGGAGGCUUCUGGCAGACCCCGAACAUCACAAAGGCCUCGUGCAAAGAUCCGUGUCACCAGCCCAUCUCUCGCACCUGGGACCUGGAGUGGGCUUAAAAGCUGUAAAAACAUCCGGGGGGAGGGUUCAAGGUCCCCCGUCUUUUUCAAAAC